CUGGGAAGACGAGGAGACUGAUUUCUAUAGCUGUCAGUCAACAGCGAUACGAGGGAGGGAGCGGCACUGCCCGCAGGUGUUCUCCUGUAUACGGUAGUACUUUCCAAGGCUUCGUUCAGAAAGUGGAUCUGCGACGAAAUCUAGCUACGAAGUGGCUGCGGCAGGCAGACAUAAAAAACUGGCAAUCAAGAUGGAAAAUAAUGUAACAACAAUUUCUCGAGAGGAACUGGAAGAACUAAAAGAAGCAUUCAAUAAAAUAGACAUUGAUAAUAGUGGAUAUGUCAGUGAUUAUGAACUUCAAGAUCUUUUCAAAGAAGCAAGUCUUCCAUUACCUGGCUAUAAAGUUCGUGAAAUUGUGGAAAAAAUUAUAGCAGUGACAGAUAGUAACAAGGAUGGCAAAAUCAAUUUUGAAGAAUUUGUAUCGGUUAUUCAGGAACUGAAAAGUAAAGAGAUUAGCAAAUCAUUUCGAAAAUCCAUAAACAAAAAACUGGGGAUUACUGCAAUUGGAGGAACAUCAUCCAUUUCCAGUGAGGGAACUCAGCAUUCUUACUCAGAAGAAGACAAGGUUGCAUUUGUUAACUGGAUAAAUAAAGCUCUUAAAGAUGACCCUGACUGCAAACAUUGCCUCCCUAUGGAUCCAUCAGAUGCUAGCCUUUUUAAGUCACUUGCUGAUGGUAUCCUCCUUUGCAAAAUGAUUAAUUUAUCUCAGCCAGAUACAAUUGAUGAAAGAGCAAUUAAUAAGAAGAAGCUUACAGCCUUUACUAGAUCAGAAAAUCUAGAUCUAGCACUAAAUUCUGCAUCGGCUAUUGGCUGUACAGUAGUUAACAUUGGAUCACAAGAUCUAAUAGAUGGAAAGCCACAUUUGGUGUUAGGAUUACUAUGGCAAAUUAUUAAAGUUGGGCUUUUCUCUGAUAUAGAGAUUUCCAGAAAUGAAGCUCUUAUUGGUUUACUAAGUGAUGAAGAAGAAUUGGAGCAAUUAAUAAAAUUGUCUCCAGAAGAACUUUUGCUACGCUGGGUUAAUUACCAUUUGAAUAAUGCUGGGUGGAAGAAAAUAAGCAACUUUGGUCAAGACAUUAAGGACUCAAAAGCUUAUUAUCAUCUUUUGAAUCAAAUUGCACCCAAAGGAGGCAACAAUGGAGAAAAAGCCAUUGCCAUAGAUCUUUCAGGUUUUAAUGAACCAAAUGAUUUGAGGAGAGCUGAAUAUAUGCUUCAACAAGCAGAUAAAUUGGGUUGCAAACAGUUUGUGACGCCUACAGAUGUGGUUGCAGGCAACCCUAAACUUAAUAUAGCCUUUGUUGCAAACCUCUUUAACACAUACCCUGCCCUGCAAAAGCCUAAAAACAAUUCUUAUGAUUUCAGUUUAUUAGAAGGUGAAAGUAAGGAAGAGAGAACAUUUAGAAACUGGAUGAAUUCAUUGGGGGUUACUCCUUAUAUUAAUCACUUAUACAGUGAUCUUGCUGAUGGUUUAGUAAUCUUUCAACUGUAUGAAAUGAUCCGUGUACCUGUAGAAUGGAGUCAUGUCAACAAACCCCCAUAUCCUGCACUGGGGGGUAACAUGAAAAAGAUUGAAAAUUGUAACUAUGCUGUAGAACUGGGAAAGACAAAUGCCAGAUUUUCAUUGGUUGGAAUUGGUGGAAAAGAUCUCAAUGAAGGCAAACCAACCUUGACCUUGGCACUAGUCUGGCAAUUAAUGAGAAGAUAUACUUUGAAUGUACUAUCAGACCUUGGAGAAGGGGAGAAAGUAAAUGAUGAAACUAUCAUUAAAUGGGUGAAUCAAACUCUUGCAAAUGCAAAUAAGACAACUUCAAUAUCUAGCUUCAAGGACCAAUCCAUAAGCACUAGUUUGCCAAUAUUAGAUUUAAUAGAUGCUAUUGCACCAAAAGCAGUCCGCUCAGAAAUGGUCAAGAGAGAAGAUCUAACACCAGCAGACAAGCUAAAUAAUGCUAAGUAUGCUAUUUCUAUUGCUCGGAAAAUUGGUGCUUGUAUAUAUGCCUUACCAGACGACUUGGUAGAAGUGAAGCCAAAAAUGGUCAUGACAGUGUUCGCAUGUUUAAUGGGAAGAGGAUUAAACAAAAUAAAAUAAAGAACAGUUUCUUUUCCUUUUCUGCCAUGAUAAACGCAUUGAAUGCCUCAUUGUUUACAGACUAAUAUAAAGCAGAUAGUUUAUAUAUAUAUAUAAAAAUGUGGAAAAGUAAAGAUAGAUUAUUUAAAUGAUUUCUUUUUUAGUUAUCACUUGAAAUGUGUAUUACAUCAGUAUACUAGCUAACUGUGCUAACAUGAUGCAAUAAUUGUAAUUAACAUUACUAUGUUCAGCAGCUUUUUUAACCUGUAUAUGAUUUUUCUCAGUGCAAAGAUUCCCAAGAUUAUAAAGUGCUAUUUUAGGAAAUACUGUGAAGUCAACAUUUUUGAUUGAUAAGAUACAUUUCAAUUGUUGCUAGCAAACUUAUCUUGCUAUGGUUAUAAAAUAAGGAGACAAUGUUUUCAAUAAAAGAGAAUAUAUGUAGCUCAAGGUUGAACUGUGGAAUCCUUGGUACUCUAUUUUUGGUUCUUUGUAGAUGUUUCAUUAUCUGAGUAGGUAACAUCAUUAGCACUAUUAAGUAUAGACUUUACUCACUGUUUAUAUACAGUGUCAGUAUAUAUCCUGCCAGUGUUGGGGAAGUGUGGUUUUCUCCUUGGUAGUUCCUAGUUAUCCUUAUCAGCAGAGGAAAUAACAACAAACUAAAAACACAAGUCUACCAAAAACCGUCCAUCAAGAAACUGAACGACUUCAUACCAGUUGCUCUAACAUCUGUAGUUAUGAAAACCUUUGAAAGGCUAGCAAUGUCCCACCUGAAAACAAUCACGGACCCGCUGUUAGACUCCUUGCAAUUUGCCUACGAAGCAAAUAAAUUGACAGAUAAUACUGUUAAUAUGUCUCUGCACUACAUCCUACAACAUCUUGAAUCUCCAAAGACCUAUGCAAGGGUCCUCUUUGUAGACUUAGCAUUCAAUAACAUCAUUCCAGAUAUUCUUUUAACUAAACUAAAUCAGCUAACUGUACCUGACCACACUUAUAAAUUGAUCAUAAACUUCCUUAAAGACAGGAAGUAGCAGGUGAAGCUAGGCAAAAUCAUAUCAGAUACCUGUACAAUUAGCACAGGAACUCUCGAGGGCUGUUUGUUCUCUCCACUUCUCUCUAUACACCAAUGACUACAUCUCAAAAAGAUCCCUCAAAGUACUGAAGUUUGCAGAUGAUACAACAGUGAUUGGCCUCAUUCGAGGCAAUGACAAAUUUGCAUACAGAUGGGAGGUUGAACAACUAGCCUUGUGAUGCAACCGGAACAAUCUUGAACUAAACACACUCAAAAC